GAGUCAAACACCGCCGGGAAAGUUAAACGGACAUAAAUAUUAUUUAACCCUUCAAUCCAAUGAUCUUCACAUUAAGACCGGAGACUGUGUCUACAUAUACCGCACGAAAGAAGAUGAUAAGCAUAUGAGUCGCAAAUCAUUACCAAAAGAGCCCUCAGGCGGUGACCGCCGAACAGAUUACAUAAUAUUUCGCGUCCAGAAUCUGGCCAUCAAUGAAAAUGGACACAAAUUACUGUUUGGCCAUCACUUUCUUCGCCCGAGUGAGACAUAUCACGAGCCCUCCAGAAGGUUCUUUGACAAUGAAGUGCUUCGUUCGCCGCUCACUGAAUGGGUUCCCAUCGACGAAGUGAAAGGCAUUUGUUGUGUUCUGGACUUCAGUACAUAUUGUAAGGGAAGACCCAAAGGGUUUACCGAAGAAGACGUUUAUAUCUGCGAGUAUCGAGUGGACAGACACGCAAAGUCUUUUAAUAGGAUUUCCUCCAAAACAAUUCAAUAUCCCGUUAAUACUAAAAGCUAUGCUUUCGAUAUGUUUGAGACUAAACUCAAUAUUAAGAGAACUUAUUCGAUCGCUCACGUAAUCCGAGAGAUCCGUCACUUCCAGCAAACGCCGUACAAAAUAGAGCACAACCCAAAAGUGACCAAUUAUUUGUUGGACACAUCCAGACAUCUUCCCGACGAAGAACUCUAUCAGUUGUCGCUAUGUCUGGAGCCCCGACUCUCACGAUUGGGCACCAAAAUCACGACCACUGGUGGCAGUUCUGGCUCAUCAUUUGGAGGCAGUUCUCCAUCACAUUAUUCUUCUGCCACUUAA